CAACAGUGGACACGAAUACGACGUUAGCUUUGAAAAAGUCGAGAAGAAAAUAGAACUACACGAAUAUUCUGCCAUGCGGGAGUCGUUUCACAAGAACGACGAAUUGACAGAGUUCUUCGAGGACAACCCCGACGCCCGGGAGGCGGCGCGCUUGCUGAAGUGGCAGGCGCGCACACACAAGUGCGGGCGCCUGCCCGGUGUAUAUUUCGAGCAGGUAAUACGAUAUACCUCUGAGGAAAUAGCCUUUGGCACUUCGGCAAGAAGGAUAUACGAGUGCGCUGUGCGUCUGUUGCAGUCCGGAUAUAAAGUCGAGCAAUUACUGGUGGAAAUGCUCAAACCUGGAGAAGCGCGCAUCCUGAAACGGACACGAAAAGAUUUCAUGAAGGUUCACGAGACAUUCCUUAAUGUCGGAGAAGACAUGCUUAAAUUUGCAGAGGUCCCGCCUGCGCCAGAAGAACCUGGCAACGAAAAUGCGGAUCCGCAAAACAGUCGGAUGAACGGGCAGCAGGCCACUGGAACGAAAAUUCAGACGGGAGUUGGAAGUGGGGCUGUGCCUGCGACAAAUAAAGGCGCCAAUCCGAAUAUAGCUGCUGCUGAGGCUACUGAUUGCGCCUCUUCAGAGGGAGGAACUUUUUUCACGACCCAGAAAUUUCUGAAGAGGAUGUCGCUCAAGCGCCAGCAAAUACCGACGGUGAUUCGCGGCUUGAAGGAGAUCCCGCUUCUGUCCGAUCGCGCCAAGAAGAGUACACUGCACUACUGGCUGCUCCAGAACACACACGGUUAUGAGAAUUGGAAGGAGGCUGCCAAGCCGCUGCUGGAUUCGCAGCCCGUGGGUUGCGCAAUCUUGGGAAGGGCUGACUUUCAGGGCCUUCUUCGUUGGAUCCGCAACACAAAACACGUUGGCGAGCACGACAGCGAUGCUGCGUUCAUCAAGCAGCUGCACAACGUUGCGAUGACGAUGACUGGUCUGCUCGAAGACGAGGGCGAGAGUGAUGCGAGAGCGACGGAGGAGCCGCGCCAUGAUGACACGACUUCCAGACUUCCGAAUGCCGGCGGUGGAUCCGCACGCCGCGCAGUCACGCUCCGCGCGAUCCAGAAUGGCAGUUGCAAUGCUCAAGCUCUCGCGAUAGCGUACAUUCUGCAGGCAUUCCCGUCUCUCUUGGACGAUGUUCAAUUUGUGCGUCAUGAGGCAGCGUUCUGGACUGAGACCAAAACGUCAGACGCCGCACUAGCGCAACGAGUCGUCGGCGCAAUUCAGAACGCGCAAGCUCUAGGCGAAGCCGACGAAACUAUCGAACCCUUUGGCUGGACCCGCAAUCAGUUGCUGCAUAUCGCGGUGGCAGCGGAGCGGUCGGCGAUGGUCGAGGCGCUACUGCAUUGCGGCGCAGAUCCACUGUGGCGAGACGAGAGCGGCUGGACCGCCUCGCAGUGGGCAGAGCAUGUCGCAAAGUGGGACGGGGGAUCCGAAGGGGCGAAGCUGAUUAGGGAACUCCUUCCUUCGUCAGAAACGUAGUCGCAGCAUCGAAGUGGCUUUAAGAAGCUGGGGCACCUGUGUCAACGCUUCGUUAAUGACUUGACUACCACACAACUUUUGCUGAUCAUGUUCAUGUUUUUUUUUACAAGUUAAAAAGUAUGGACUUAUUUCUGGAAACUUUCUACCUUUAUUUCCAAGUCGAUCUACAAUUUAACAAAAGCAAAAACUAAAACUGUGUCUUGUAUUCAUCAGUAUAUCGAUUCCGCAGGUCCAUUUGAUUUAUUUGAUACACGACGUGAUCCUAAAUGUACGGUAAUAUGGAGCUUAUGAUGAACACUAAUGUUCGUAUUUAGAUGUGUGGGAAACUUUGUGUGCGUAUUUAGAUGUGUGGGAAACUUUAUUUUCUUCUGCCACUAUCUUUGGUACUCGACCUCUAGAAGUAAUUUCUCUUCAUUCUAGCACUGUUCUCUCCGCUUCAAAGCUUAUUUUCUUCUGCCACCCAAGGUAAUACUUUUCCCUUACCAGCAGUUGACUCUCAGAAUGACUUACACACACACAGGGGCCGCAAAAAGAUCUCGUUUAUUCUGUACCGUGAACAAUGAUAGUUGAAAAAUUCUCAUUUUGUAACUAGCAGUGGCGCUCCUCUGUUCUUUG